GUGCCUUCGACCCCGACCUCCGUGACGAUCAAAAGAUGGCUUCGAUUCCUAGUAGCCUGCUGGGCCCUGCCCUCUGCAUUGUGGUAGCAGGGUGCAUCUUCUACGGGAUCCUCGAUCGCUGGCCGCGGCCGCGAUGGUGGUCAAAAAAGUCGCAGCUAAUUGGACUCCAAUCGCCAGUCCAGAUCACCUCCCUAGAGUGCCCGUACAGCUACAUCCGAAAGAUCUACGGCCACCACCACUGGGAGCCCUUCGUGAACAAGCUAUCCCCCACGCUGAAGGAGGACAACCCCCGUCAACAUGAAAUGAUACUGGAGAUCAUGGACGCCAUCCAUCUCUGCCUGAUGCUGGUAGACGACAUCUCGGACGGCAGUGAUUUCCGUAAAGGGCGUCCGGCAGCGCACAAGAUCUACGGGCCCUCCGAGACGGCCAACCGCGCGUACUUUCGCGUCACGCAGAUCUUGGCCCGCACGACCCUGGAAUACCCUCACCUGGCGCCAUGGCUGAUGCAGGACCUAGAGCAGAUCCUCGAGGGCCAGGAUCUCUCCCUCGUCUGGCGCCGGGACGGGCUGGGUGGCUUCCCUUGCCAUGGGCCGGAGAGAACGGCGGCGUAUAAACGCAUGGCAUCUCUGAAGACGGGGGCGUUGUUCCGUCUGGUCGGCCACCUGGUGUUGGAGAACCGGUCCCUCGAUGAAACACUCACGCUGGUCGCAUGGCACUCGCAGCUCCAGAACGACUGCAAGAACCUCUACUCGUCCGAGUACGCCAAGCUGAAAGGCUCCGUAGCUGAAGAUCUCCGCAACAAGGAGCUAACCUACCCUAUUGUCCUGGCCCUCAACUCUUCGAACGGCCAGUGGGUGGCCCGCGCGCUGGAGUCGCCGUCGCCUCGGAAUGUGCGACGCGCACUGCGGGCCAUUCGGAGCGACGAAGUGCGCCAGGAAUGUCUGUCUGAGCUUCAGCACUCGGGGGCGUCUAUUCAGGACUGGUUGGCGCUGUGGGGCCGAAAGGAAAAACUCGACUUGAGAAAGUAAGAGUAGUUGAGGGUGCGAUAUCAUUAUGGGUUGAAGGGGCCCCUGCGGAGCAUUCAUGCCAGGCGUGCAGCGUUAUUUUGUCGGGAUAUCAGUCAUAUCAAGCCCGACCAAAUUUCGUUCGGUAGUUUGGUGUAGUGGCUCAGAUUAUCUUCUAUUAUUCUUUUCUUUUUUCUGUCGGUGCUGCAGCUAAAAUAUUCUUCAAUUGAUCUCAG